GAAAUCAAUUUCCCCUUAAGCAUAAAGCAGAGAGAGCAAGGAGAGGGGAAUCGUGUUCGCGCAUUGCAGAAACUAAGUGCCCGAGGAGUUGAUUUUAUUUUUCGGGUUUUCUGGGCAAUGGAAGAUUCAGAAAAAAAGAGGUACCGUGAGAGGAGAGAUAGGGAUAGGGAUAAGGAACGGCGUCGUUCCGAGAGGGAGAAGAGCGGCGAUUCCGAUAGAGAAAAGGAAAGGGACAGAGAAAAGCAUCGUGAACGGCGUCGUUCCGAGAGGGAUAAGAGCAGUGAUUCCGAUAGAGAAAAGGAAAGGGACAAGGAAAAGCAACGAGAACGGCGUCUUUCUGAGAGGGAGAAGAGCAGUGAUUCCGAUAGAGAAAAAGAGAGGGAAAAAGAAAAGAAUCGAGAACGGCGCCGCUCUGAGAGAGAGAAGAGCAGUGAUUCCGAUAGAGAGAAGGAGAAGGAGAAAGAAAAACACCGUGAAAGAGGGAGGGAAAGGAAAGACAGGGAACGGGAGAAAGAGAAGGAGAGGGAAAGAGCUAGGGAGAAGGAAAGGGAAAGGGAAAGAGAAAGGGAGAAGAGAGAAAGGGAAAGGGAGAAACAAAGGGAGAGGGAAAGAGAAAGAGAAAGGAAGUUAAGGGAAAGGGAGAAGCGAAGGGAGCAUGACAGUGAUGAUAGUAAGGAAGAUAAAGAACGACAUAGGAAGCGUCGAAGGAGGGAGCAGGAUGAUGACGAUGAGGCUAAUUAUAAGGAGAGGGAGAGCAAAUCAAACAGAGGAGAAAGCCCAGUUAGGAAAAAGAGCAGCAAAGAAGAGUCGGAGAAGAAGGGGAAGAAAAGUAGGGAGGAGGAGAUGGAAGACGAACAAAGUAAAUUGGAUGAGGAGAUGGAGAAAAGGAGGAGGAGGGUUCAAGAAUGGCAAGAGUUGAGGAGGAAGAAGGAAGAGGCAGAGAGGGAAAAACGUGGGGAAGGGAAUGCUGUGGAGGAGGAGGAGCCUAAGGUUGGUAAGGCUUGGACUCUCGAAGGGGAAUCGGAUGACGAUGAAGCCGGAUCACCGAUGAAACCGGAGACAGAUAUGGAUGUGGAUGAUAACGAAAAUUCUAAGCCAGAUGGUAAGGAAAUUGGAGAUGCUAUGAUUGAAGAUGGGAAUUCUGAGGAUGGAAAAGAUAAAAUGGUUGUUGACCAAAAUGGGGGUAAUGAGGUUGCUGUGGAUGAAGACGAAAUCGAUCCAUUAGAUGCUUUUAUGAAUUCAAUGGUGUUACCUGAAGUUGAGAAGCUAAGUACAGCAGUUACUGAUUCUCCUCCUAGUGGUAAUAAUGGGAAUUUGAAGAAUGAAAAAAAGGAUGGCUUGAGUAAUGGUGGACUGCUGCAGCCAAAGAAAGGCUCGAACAAGGCACUUGGGAGAAUCAUUCCUGGGGAAGAUUCGGAUUCAGAUUACGGGGAUAUUGAGAAUGUCGAAGAUAAUUUAGAAGAUGAAGAUGAUGAUGAGUUUAUGAAAAGGGUAAAGAAGACAAAAGCUGAGAAACUAUCAAUUGUUGACCACACAAAGAUUGAUUAUAAGCCUUUCAGGAAAAAUUUCUACAUUGAAGUUAAGGAGAUCUCUAGAAUGACACCUGAGGAAGUGACUGCUUGCAGGAAGGAAUUGGAACUGAAGAUACAUGGAAAGGAUGUGCCGAAACCAAUCAAAACCUGGCAUCAAACUGGACUCGCAAGUAAAAUAUUAGAAACAAUAAGGAAGCUUAAUUAUGAGAAGCCAAUGCCAAUUCAAGCUCAGGCGUUGCCCAUAAUUAUGAGUGGUCGAGACUGCAUUGGCGUAGCAAAAACCGGCUCUGGUAAAACCCUUGCUUUUGUGCUACCUAUGUUAAGGCAUAUUAAAGAUCAGCCACCUGUAGUAGCUGGAGAUGGACCUAUUGGACUCAUUAUGGCACCUACAAGGGAGCUUGUCCAGCAAAUUCACAGUGACAUAAAGAAGUUUACCAAGGCAUUGGGAAUCAGAUGUGUUCCUGUAUAUGGAGGCUCUGGUGUUGCCCAGCAGAUUAGUGAAUUAAAGCGGGGAACAGAGAUUGUUGUAUGUACUCCAGGUAGGAUGAUUGAUAUACUUUGUACCAGCGGGGGAAAAAUUAGCAAUCUGCGUAGAGUGACAUACUUUGUUCUGGAUGAAGCUGACAGAAUGUUUGAUAUGGGUUUUGAACCUCAAAUUACUCGAAUUGUUCAAAAUAUUCGACCUGAUCGCCAAACUGUGCUAUUUUCUGCCACUUUCCCUCGGCAGGUUGAGAUUUUGGCUCGUAAAGUGUUGAAUAAACCUGUUGAAAUACAGGUAGGUGGGAGAAGUGUUGUGAACAAGGACAUAACACAGUUGGUCGAGAUGAGGCCAGAAAGUGAAAGGUUCCUAAGAUUGUUAGAACUUCUUGGUGAAUGGUAUGAGAAGGGGAAAAUUCUGAUUUUUGUCCACACCCAAGAAAAGUGUGAUGCUUUGUUCAGGGAUUUGCUCAAACAUGGUUAUCCUUGCCUGUCACUUCAUGGGGCCAAGGAUCAGACUGAUCGGGAAUCCACCAUUUCUGAUUUUAAGAGCAACGUCUGCAAUUUGUUGAUUGCAACAAGUGUUGCAGCUAGGGGUUUAGAUGUAAAGGAGCUCGAAUUAGUGAUUAAUUUUGAUGUUCCAAAUCAUUAUGAAGAUUAUGUUCACCGUGUUGGUAGGACUGGUAGAGCUGGGCGGAAAGGCUGUGCUAUCACAUUUAUCUCUGAGGAUGAUGCAAGAUAUGCACCAGAUCUUGUAAAAGCUUUAGAACUCUCUGAGCAAGUUGUUCCUGAUGACCUGAAAGCUCUUGCUGAUGGCUUUAUGGCUAAAGUAAAUCAGGGACUUGAGCAGGCCCAUGGAACAGGUUAUGGUGGAAGUGGUUUUAAAUUCAAUGAAGAGGAAGAUGAAAAGAGAAAAGCAGCAAAGAAAGCUCAAGCAAAAGAAUACGGGUUUGAGGAAGACAAGUCAGAUUCAGAAGACGAAGAUGAGGGGGUGCGGAAGGCAGGUGGUGACAUAUCACAACAGACAGCACUUGCUCAGAUAGCUGCCAUGGCUGCUGCCUCCAAAGCUAGUACUGGGUUGAUGCAGAAUCCUCUAUCUUCUGCUCAACUGCUUCCCAAUGCUACAUUGCCUAUUUCUCUUCCUGGUGUACUUGGUGUGUCAAUAUCCGGCACUGCAGCAGUUGGUCCUGGUAGUGGAUUGCCUGGUCUUCCAAAUGAAGAGGCCGCUCGAAAAGCUGCACUGCAAGCUGCUUUCAAUUUACAGCAUAACUUAGCGAAGAUUCAAGCUGAUGUUAUGCCUGAACAUUAUGAAGCCGAGUUGGAGAUUAAUGAAUUUCCCCAAAAUGCUCGAUGGAAGGUUACCCACAAGGAAACAUUGGGCCCAAUAUCGGAAUGGACUGGAGCUGCCAUUACAACAAGGGGCCAGUAUUUCCCACCUGGUCGGAUCCCAGGACCAGGAGAACGAAAGCUUUACUUGUUCAUUGAGGGACCUUCCGAGGUAUCUGUUAAGAGAGCUAAGGCAGAACUGAAACGUGUCCUGGAAGACAUCUCACACCAGUCCUUACAACUUCCUGGCGGGACUCAACCUGGCAGAUACCAAGUUCUGUAGAUGCAAGCUGAAUUGGUCCUGACUUUAUGUUCGGUACAACGAGUGAACUAGUAAACUACACGCCCAACUCUUGCAUGGAUUGUUGGAUUUGUGGUCGGACUUGUCUUUCAGACCCAAUAGUCAAUCUUCCUGAUGGCGUUCCUCUUCGUGUGAAUCAAGAUGCAUCCUUUAUGGGGUAUGAAACUAACUGAUAUUUGUUAAGUAAAAUUAGCCAUAAUUGUAGUGCUAUUGUUUGAAAGGGAAAAAUUAAUGAUGGGAUUAAAGUGGUAUGGUAAUUAAUUGGUGUUAUUUUUGAAUGAGGCAAAUUAAUUUGGUAGAUAAUUGAUUAAUGACACUGAUGUUCAUGGCGAAUUAAUUUGGUGCAAAAUACAGUCAUAUGGACAAAGCGAAUAUAUCAGGAUGUGAAAUAAGAACAAUGUGAUAUGCAUCAUAUAAGUUCUCUCAUGUUAUAUGUCAAUGACUGAUUUCUUUGUUUUAUUUCUAGAUGCUUGAUUUAAUCCCGUCAAUCAAGUGACAGCUUAUGACCUGCUUAAGUUAUUUCUCUUUGAUUUAUGCUUCAACUGUCAAAUCACGAUGUUUAAGACUCAUGAGCUAUUCUUGAAAUAGAACUUUUAAUAAUUUUGGUCACUUGCUUUCGAUUGCCAUAUAUAUGUUGUUAUUUGGUUAACUUCAUAAACCUUCCGUGGAAUAAAAAAUGAACGUGUUGUUUCAUAUUGUUGCCAUUUGCUUAUUUAGUUGCUCAUAUGAUAUUUCAGUAGUUUCCUUAUUCUUUCUGUUGAGGAUCUUAUUCUAUUUUAUUUUUCAAUUUCU